GACUUUAAAAAAUGGACUCUGCAUGAUACUGCAGAUACAACAGCCCGCAAUACAACACCAGACAAAAAUGAGUGGCGAGGAGACACCGAAAGCGACAGGAAUCUGUACCCCUCUCUUGGCACCACUCUAUCCCCAACACUACUGUAUCUACAUACGUAACACUCCACAACUCAAGUACCUCCUCCUGCUGCUGCUGCUGCUGCUACCACUACUACCACCUACUAAUCUACCAUCCCUUGGCCACACACAACACAACCACAACCAAGACAAAACCAAGUCUAAGCCUCCUCAAACCAACAAGUAACCCAAGCAAGCCACCCACGCCAACCACGCCAACCCACUCCCAAGAGUCUGCAAUCUAGAAUCAAACCCAGAC